CAAGACGCGUCAAAUAGUACACUCAUGACCAUCGAAAACGCGCUGGAACACGCCAGACGCGCGUUUGCGCUCAGAAAAUAUGAGUCAGCAGUCGAUUAUUAUGCUACUGCGCUGGAAUUAAUGUACGUUCUCGUCAUACUUUCCGCUGCAACCUGCUCGACUAAGAAGCACGGCGAACACGCGCCCGAAAUCGCCGAUUUAUAUUUCUCUUAUGGAAGGGCAUUGUUAGAAAAUGCGAUUUCACAGGCUGGUGUCUUGGGAAAAGAGCAACCAGAAAAUGGUGUGGAUGAGGAAAAUGAAGGUUCUGGUUCUGGGUCCGGUAAUAUCUCUGGUCCAAUCCUCUCCUUUUCUGGAGACGCGGACGAUGAUGCAGUUGAUCUGUUUGCCCAACAAGCCGAAGAACUAGAGAAUGAAGCCGAAAAUGACGAGGAUGGCGAGGAAGGUGAAGCGGACGACGGGGAACCAGAGGAUGACUUCAAUGCUGCUUGGGAAGUCCUGGAACUUGCUAGGGCGAUAUACGAGAAAGAGAAAGAUGGAGAUGACGAUGAGGUGAAAUUGAAAUUAGCAGAUACCUACAUUGCACUGGAAAAAUUCGACCAAGCAAUAAGCGACUACACCUCCGCACUUUCCUUGAAAGCUAUCUUACUCCCAAAAAGCUCUCGCCAAAUUGCAGAGGCUCACUACAAACUGAGCAUGGUGCUCGAUCUAACGUCAGGGCGGCUCAAGGAUGCGAUUUCGCACGCAGAGGAAGCAUUGGAGAGUGUAGAAUGUCGGUUAGCUGAGCUAAGGGAUGGACUGAGUGGACAGGUUCCUGCUGUGCCUACCAUUAAGGAAGAAGACAAAAAAGGCGAUGAGAAAGGCAAGGGAAAGAAGCAAAAGUUAGUUAGGGACGAUGAGGUAAGGAAUAUGACGAAGAUACAGAUGGAAGCAGAGAUGAAGGAGGUUGAAGGUUUGAGGGAGGAUCUUGCGCUUAAGGUCGAAGAGCUUAAAACAACGCCUACAGAGCCAAAUGAAUCUGCGCCCGCGAUGGCUGCUCGAGCCUUAGACAAGGAAUUGAAUACUGCGAUUGCAGCUGUUCCGACGCAAGUUAAUGAUUUGUCUAAAGUGGUGAGGAAGAAGAAGAAAGAUGCGGAGCCACUGGCGGAA